UUAGCUGAUUGCAUUAUUGGAAUCGGAUUUAGCCUGGAGUCCAGCUAUACUGGGCUAAUUGCAUAUUGCAUGCACUAUUCCAGGCAAAUAUUAACUGUGCCGUUAUUUAGCUGGCUAAACUAAAGUCCGUACCGGUUUUGUUAUUUCAGCUAAUUCUGGAUCGUCGGUAGAAUACGAAAACAAACGAUUCCUGAAAUGUCUUCAGACGAAGACAGGGCCAAGGAAAUUUUGAAAGGCUUUAAACUAAACUGGAUGAAUCUUCGGGAUGCAGAGACGGGAAAAGUUCUGUGGCAGGGAACAGAGGACCUCUCUGUACCGGGAGUAGAACAUGAAGCCCGUGUCCCAAAGAAGAUCCUCAAAUGUAAAGCCGUGUCCAGAGAACUGAACUUUUCUUCCUCGGAGAAACUGGAGAAGUUCAGGUUGGAGCAGAAAGUUUACUUCAAAGGACAGUGUCUAGAAGAAUGGUUCUUUGAGUUUGGUUUCGUCAUCCCCAACUCUACCAACACAUGGCAGUCUCUGAUAGAAGCAGCUCCGGAGUCUCAGAUGAUGCCAGCCAAUGUUUUAACUGGUAAUGUGAUUAUAGAGACCAAGUUCUACGAUGAUGACCUCCAUGUAAGUACUUCAAGGGUGCGGCUUUUCUACGUCUGACCUCUGACUCUACCUUCCAAAAAAUGCUGACAUCCUGCCAAGGUCAAUAACCCACCAUGGUUAGUUAUAUUUGCAGCCGUCAACGACUUCCUGCUGGUGUGGGAUCAGCAUGUUUGGGUUCAACCCUUCUGUGGUGCCACCGUCAGUGAAAUGAGAUUUGUGUUUCGGUCCCCUGAUGGAAAACCUGGAAGAAGAGGAAUGAGGAGGAGAGAGAAUUCUGUUGUUUCCUGUUCCAGGAUCAUCUUUCUACUGUUCAUCUCAAGCCACCCCAUGUUUUUUUUAAUUCAUCUCAUUGUUAAACUGCAUAGGGAGCAUUAACUCAGGAACAGAACAUCAGAGCUCUAGCCUUAUGCGAUUGGAUCCUUUUUCUUUUUGAGACUUCACUCUGCAUGUGUCAUCUAUUUAAAGAAGGGCUGAGGGAAGUUGAAUUAUAAAAUGUUCCCAAUACAUAACAUAAGGGCUUUAAUUGUCCUUGUGAACCACCUAUCAACACUUUGGACACACCUUCCCAUUCAUUUAGAAUAGGGACAAAGAGUUUUGUCCAAACUUAUGACUGGUUCUGGAAGUAGUACAGCAACUUUUUCAGCAACUCUCAAAUGAAAUAUCUACAUAUAUCACAAUAAUUUUAAUAAAACAGUAGAUAACUGUGAUUUUUUUUCUUUAUAUGUGUCCCAUUUCAGAGGUUUCCUCCCAUAAAAUUUUUAAAAAAGCCUUUUGUACACAUUUAAGAAACAAACAUUUCACCUGUGUUCUCUUCUUCCUCUGCCAUCUCUCCAGAUCCUUUGUACUACUCACUUUUUAUUUGUUUAA